UAGAAGCCUAGGUAACCAAUGGUCAGUGGCAAGGCGGCAGAUGUGGGUCGCGAGCGCCACUCAAGGUCUCGCGUACCUCCGCGCCACAGGCAUUUGCCGCUCCUCGCCCCUUCCGGCCCCUCCCUGUCGCGUGUAAGGCGCGUGUGCAGAAGCGUCCGGAGCCAGCGCGGUGAGGACCAUGUUGCUUCCGAACAUCCUGCUCACCGGUACACCAGGGGUUGGAAAAACCACACUCGGCAAAGAACUUGCAUCAAGAUCAGGAUUGAAAUACAUUAAUGUGGGUGAUUUAGCUCGAGAAGGGCAGCUUUAUGACGGCUAUGAUGAAGAGUAUGACUGUCCUAUUUUAGAUGAAGAUAGAGUUGUUGAUGAGUUAGAAAACCAAAUGAGUGAAGGUGGAGUUAUUGUUGAUUACCAUGGUUGUGAUUUUUUCCCUGAACGUUGGUUUCAUAUAGUUUUUGUGCUGAAAACAGAUAACAGUGUUUUGUACAAAAGACUUGAAACAAGGGGUUAUAACGAGAAGAAACUAAAAGACAAUAUUCAGUGUGAAAUUUUUCAAGUUCUCUAUGAAGAAGCCUUAGCAUCCUACAAGGAAGAAAUAGUGCAUCAGCUACCAAGUGAUAAACCAGAAGAUCUGGAGGAUAAUAUUAAUCAGAUAUUGAAAUGGAUUGAGCAGUGGGUCAAAGAUCAUGGCUCUUGACUUACAAGAAUGGACACUUAUACUCACUCUUGAUAUCUUCCCUAUCCUAUAAAUUGUUCAGUUAUCAGUAGAACUUUUGCAUUGAAAUUGUGGAUAGUUAAAAGUUUAUGUUUGGGGUUUUUUUCCUCCAUGAGAAAGCUAAACAAUUUCAAGUAUAGUGAAUAAUAAUAAUAUUAUUAAGGAUUAGGAGUUAAAACUAUCAUUGUUUAAUGCUUCAGUUGCUAAAGAAUAAAUAAAUCUGACCAAAUGGGUUGCUAUCUUUUAAGUUUAUCAUGGAAGAAAAUGAAGAUGAUCUCUUAAAAUAAAACUUAAAAUUAUCCGUUUUCCAUUUUUAUGUUUUUAAUUUAAAAGAAAAUGGAAGUGAUUAAUACUGGCACUCUGUAUAAAAUUCAAAAGGAACAGGAGUUCCAGUCGUGGCGCAGUGGUUAACGAAUCUGACUAGGAACCAUGAGGUUUCGGGUUCUAUCCCUGAUCCCUGGCCUUGUUCAGUGGGUUAAGGAUCCAGCAUUGCCGUGAGCUGUGGUGUAGGUCACCUGAUUAGACCCCUAGCCUGGGAACCUCCAUAGGCCACAGGAGUGGCCCCAGAAAAGGCAAAAAGACAAAAAAAAAAAAAAAAGACAAAAAAAAAAAAAAAGAAAGAAAAUUCAAAAGGAGCAAAAGGACAGUGCCUGGCUUACUAUUAGGUCAAUUUAGGAUCUUUAAACUUUAUAACAGUGCAAAAGCGAUACACAUUUAGUAGAUCCCAUACCUUGAAUUUUGAUCUUUUCCUGGGCUAGUGAUAGGCAGCUUGAUAACGUGAUGCUGGGCAGAGCAGGGAGCUGCAGAUCCCAGUCAGACACAUGAUCACGAUAGUAAACAACUGAUGUGCUUACAGCCAUUCUGUUUCUCACUUUCAGUACACUACUUAAUAAAUAACAUGAGAUACUCAAUAAUUUUUUAUAAAAUAGGCUUUGCAUUAAGAUAAUUUUGCCCAGUGGAAGGCUCAUGUAAAUAUUCUGAGCAAGUUUAAAGUAGGCUAGGCUAAGCUGUGAUGUUUAGUAAGUUAAGUGUAUUACAUGCACUUUCAACUUAGGGUAUUUUCAACUUAUGAUGUUUUUAUGAGGAUGUAGCUCCAUCAUAAGUCAAGGUUUAUACUGGAAUGUAGGUUUCCCUUUCAAGCCAUCAUGCUAGAUCUCCUCCCUUUAGGAAAAAAAUGUUACUGGUUUCCUGUGUAUCUUUCUGAGAUGUCAUGCCUUCAAAGCAUAUGUGUAUGUACAUAAUUUUUUAAGCCACAUGAUAACAUACAUUGCAAACUUUCUCAUUUAAUAUAUUUUGGAUACCAUA